UGACAUGGGGUGGCGGGCGCGCCGCUCGCUGUUGGCGGCGCCCGCGGGCCUGCUGCUGCUUCUGGGCCUGCUGUGGCCGAGGGAAGUAUGCGGCGGCUACCACGAGAAGCGGCUGCUGCAUCACCUGCUGGACCACUACAACGUGCUAGAGCGGCCUGUUGUCAACGAGAGCGACCCGCUGCAGCUCUCCUUCGGCCUCACGCUCAUGCAGAUCAUUGACGUGGACGAGAAGAACCAGCUAUUAAUAACAAACAUCUGGCUUAAACUAGAAUGGAAUGAUAUGAACUUGAGGUGGAACACUUCGGAUUUCGGCGGAGUCAAAGAUUUACGAGUACCACCUCACAGGUUAUGGAAACCAGAUGUUCUUAUGUACAACAGCGCGGAUGAAGGAUUCGACAGCACAUAUCCGACGAACGUGGUGGUACGGAACAACGGCUCGUGUCUGUAUGUGCCGCCAGGCAUUUUCAAAAGCACUUGCAAGAUCGACAUCACCUGGUUUCCAUUUGAUGACCAACGAUGCGAAAUGAAGUUUGGCAGUUGGACUUAUGACGGAUAUCAAUUGGAUCUUCAAUUACAAGAUGAAGGAGGUGGAGAUAUAAGCAGUUUUGUUACAAAUGGCGAAUGGGAACUCAUAGGUGUACCAGGCAAACGCAACGAAAUAUACUAUAAUUGCUGCCCGGAACCAUAUAUAGAUAUCACAUUCGCAGUGGUGAUCCGCCGCAAAACACUCUACUAUUUCUUCAAUCUGAUUGUACCAUGUGUCCUCAUUGCCUCUAUGGCUCUACUUGGUUUCACAUUACCACCAGACUCCGGCGAAAAAUUGUCUUUAGGUGUUACAAUUUUAUUGUCACUGACGGUGUUCCUGAACAUGGUAGCUGAGACAAUGCCGGCGACCUCUGAUGCAGUGCCUCUACUGGGCACGUAUUUUAACUGCAUCAUGUUUAUGGUGGCAUCUUCUGUCGUCUCUACUAUCCUUAUUCUCAAUUACCACCACCGACAUGCAGAUACACAUGAAAUGAGCGACUGGAUUCGCUGUGUAUUCCUGUAUUGGUUGCCAUGGAUCCUACGCAUGUCCCGGCCGGGCUCGGCAGCGACGCCACCACCGGCGCGAGCGCCUCCUCCGCCAGAUUUAGAGUUGCGCGAGCGCUCUUCUAAGUCGCUGCUAGCAAAUGUUCUCGACAUCGACGACGACUUCCGGCACGCGCACGCGCAGCAGCCUCCCUGCUGCCGAUACUACAGGUCCCUCGACGAUCUACACGAACACUACUCGCCGGGGGGCGAAGAAAAUGGCGCUGGAUUGGCUGCACAUAGUUGCUUUGGUGUCGACUACGAGCUUUCGCUGAUACUCAAAGAGCUUCGAGUCAUCACAGAUCAGAUGCGCAAAGAUGACGAAGAUGCGGAUAUUUCGCGCGACUGGAAGUUCGCCGCCAUGGUCGUGGACAGACUGUGCCUUAUUAUCUUUACCCUGUUCACAAUCAUCGCCACGCUAGCCGUGCUGCUGUCCGCGCCCCACAUCAUGGUGUCGUAGCGACCCGCCCGCUUGCGGCUGCGCAUGCGUAACGUACUGUGAUACCAGGAAUACUGUUAAGUUGUGAUGUGCAAUGUGGCGCGGGCGCUGACGCCGCGGCGUCGAAGUUGCCGCCGCCUGCCUCGCUGCCCGCGCCCCCCUCUAGAUAUAAGUUCUCAAACUGCCAAUAUCCACGUUUAACAUUCUGCCUUUAGGAAAUCUCUUCUCUUAUCGUCUGACUUAUUCCACUCAAUACUUCGCUAUUCCUUUCAAAUAAAAUUAUGAGAGGAAAGGUCAUCGUUAAACUUAAGUAACGACAAAGUACCAUCAGUAUUACAACUAACAUGAAGUCAGUUGGCACUAUAAUCAGUUGUAUUCCGUGUCCAACGGCUACUAUGUAAAGAAUUGGCGGGAAUUCCGAAAAUGCUUUAAGAGAUCAUAUUAGAGUAUUCGCUAAAAGGUCGCUAUCUAACUCUACGGCAGGAACUGCAAAUUUUAGCACAAAAACGUCUUCCUUCAUACCAUUGAACAACCUGAAUGCAUAAAAAAAUUAACUUUGUUAAAACUUGUUUGAUUCUUAAAAUCUAUUGUACAGUUUAGGGUUUGGGCGGUAAUGCAAAGGCCCUUUAUUUCCUUCUUAUUCGAUUCCGUGAAUCGUGGUUAUGAUCCCUAAGUUUAUUUUCGGAUGUAUUGUGUCAGUAGCUAGUAUAGAACUUUACAAACAAUGUUGAUUCAAUUGGUACGGUUGUGAUAUGUCUCGUUGUGAACGGGUCGAUAUUGUUAUAAAUGGUAAAAUAUCCAUGGCAUAUAGCUAUAGCAUAAAACGUUCGUUAAAAGUUAUAGUUAAACAAAGUAUUAUUUUAAUAAAGUCAUACCUGAAUUUUCGGAUCGACUUAUACAAAAUAAUUAAACAAAUUACUUAAAAAUAUUCACGUUUAUACUUCUAUCCAUACAAUUACAGUUAUGCAGUGAUAAUGUUAGCUCUAAUUCAAUUUUUCUUCCUAUCAAAAUCUUGUUUGUGGCUAAAAUCUUACUUUGAGGUAUACGCAUGUAAGAUUUAAUUCACAUACAUUUUUUCAGAAUGUACUCAAAUAUUACAUACACUUUCAUUUCAUUAUUCUAUUAUAAUGAGAAAGCAAUCACAUAUUAUGCUGAAAGUACAGAUAUGAAUGUUGUUGACAAUUCUCAGUUAACGAGCUCGUAAUGCCAUCUGAACUGCUUUCACUCGUUUGUGAUUCGAUUGACCAGACCUGUCACAUCCACAUAACGCAAACCUAAUGAUUGUCUAAUUAUAAAUCUGUACGAAAAAUUAUGAUUAUUUUUAGAAAACAUUGUAAAUCUCUUAAGAGGAAAACGUCAAAUCGACCGAGUGGUUGCGUUGAUACUCAAACGACAGCGGUAUCCACGCAAAGCUCUUACCAUGUUUUCCUCCUCUGAGAUAAUAUUAUCAAUAAUUGUAGACGGUCCUUUGGAAGUUGCGGAGCGACUAUAAUUAUGCUUAAAUGUUUUCAAUAAAUUUGAUUUUUUAUUGUUGUUUAAUAUGUCUCAUCAACCACUCGAUAAUGGUUGUGCGACGACUCAUGACCCGGACAAAGGACAUCGCGCUCCGUGUGAACCUGCAUGCAGUACUGCAUUUUGUACCGCACCUUCUGUUACGGGUGACGCCAUGAUGCGCCACGUCUUUUUGUCAGCAUCGGGACAACUUGCUGUCUCCGAAAUUUGUUCAAUUGUUAAGGUUAAUACUCUGAA